AGAGGGAGCGGAGCCUAGGCUAGCUCCGGGGGGCGGGCGCUGGAGCGUAGCGCAUCCCUGUUUGUCCGCGGAGCGGACUAACUGGAAGCCCGGCGCUGCCGCGGGUGUCGGGCGAUGGGGGCAGGUGCCACCGGCUGCGCCAUGGACCCGCUGCGCCUGCUGCUGCUGCUGAUGCUCCUGGGGGUGUCCCUCGGAGGUGCCAAAGAAGCAUGCCCCACAGGCCUGUACACCGACAGUGGGGAGUGCUGCAAAGCUUGCAACUUGGGUGAGGGUGUGGCCCAGCCCUGCGGAGCCAACCAGACUGUGUGUGAGCCCUGCCUGGACAGUGUGACGUUCUCCGAUGUUGUGAGCGCCACCGAACCAUGUAAGCCGUGCACGGAGUGCGUGGGCCUGCAGAGCAUGUCGGCACCGUGUGUGGAGGCCGACGACGCCGUGUGCCGCUGCGCCUACGGCUACUACCAGAACGAGACGACCGGCAGCUGCGAGGCGUGCCGCGUGUGCGAGCCGGGCUCGGGCCUCAUGCUGUCCUGCCAGGACAAGCAGAACACCGUGUGCGAGGAGUGUCCCGACGGCACGUACUCCGACGAGGCCAACCACGUGGACCCGUGCCUGCCUUGCACCGUGUGCGAGGACACGGAGCGCCAGCUGCGCGAGUGCACGCGCUGGGCCGAUGCGGAGUGCGAGGAGAUCCCUGGCCGCUGGAUCACACGGUCUACACCCCCAGAGGGCUCGGACAGCACCGCCCCCAGCACCCAGGAGCCUGAGGUACCUCCAGAGCAAGACCUUGUGGCCAGUACAGUGGCAGAUGUGGUGACCACAGUGAUGGGCAGCUCCCAGCCCGUGGUGACUCGAGGCACCACUGACAACCUCAUCCCUGUCUACUGCUCCAUCCUGGCCGCUGUGGUUGUGGGCCUUGUGGCCUAUAUAGCCUUUAAGAGGUGGAACAGCUGCAAGCAGAACAAACAAGGAGCCAACAGCCGGCCCGUGAACCAGACGCCCCCACCUGAGGGAGAAAAACUCCACAGCGACAGCGGCAUCUCUGUGGACAGCCAGAGCCUGCAUGACCAGCAGCCCCACACGCAGACAGCUGCAGGCCAGGCCCUCAAGGGGGAUGGAGGCCUCUACAGCAGCCUGCCACCAGCCAAGCAGGAAGAGGUGGAAAAACUGCUCAAUGGCUCUGCGGGGGACACCUGGCGGCACCUGGCAGGCGAGCUGGGCUACCAGCCUGAGCACAUAGACUCCUUCACCCACGAGGCCUGCCCAGUCCGUGCCCUGCUCACCAGCUGGGCUGCCCAGGACAGCGCAACACUCGAUGCCCUCCUGGCUGCCCUGCGCCGCAUCCAGCGAGCUGACAUCGUCGAAAGCCUGUGCAGCGAGUCCACUGCCACGUCCCCUGUGUGA